AUGGGCGGUAAGCACUUAAUAGUACUCAUCCAUGGCCUGUGGGGCAACCACAGUCAUAUGAACGCGAUCAAAGAAGUGUUCGCGAAGACGUUGGACGAUCCGAAUGUGAUAUUUUUCGCGCCGCGUCAAAGCGGAUACUUCAAGACGUUCGAUGGGAUUGAAAUCAUAGGCUAUCGUACUUUGACGGAAAUCUGUCAAGUCGUGUUGGGCUAUAAGCGUGGGACCAUAACGAAAAUCAGCUUUAUUGGCUACUCCAUGGGCGGGUUGAUUUCCCGGUUUAUUAUUGGUAAAAUGUUUACGGAAUGUCACGAUUUGUUUCAAGACAUAGAACCGGGUCUGUUCAUAACUUUUGCCACACCGCAUUUGGGAGUCCAUUUCCAUGUGCCAGAGCCAGACGGUGGAUGGAGCUGCUCUCCACAUCAUCGUCAUAGGCAACUUCUAAGCAUCGUUCUGUCGUUGUUGGGCACAACGAUCCUGGGGAGAACAGGACGUCAACUGUUUAUUAACGACAGUCCUGAAAAUCAAAGUAUACUUUUGCAGUUGAGUUCGGGUGAAUUUUUGGAAGGUUUGGCGCGUUUCAAGCAUCGUAUCUGCGUGGCAAAUGUAAAAAACGAUAGAACCGUGGCCUUCUACACGUCGUUCAUCACCGAUUGCGAUCCGUUCCUGGAAUCGGAAAAUCAAAUACAGUACGUGUUUGAUCCAAACCUUCCGGGUACAGACUUGCGUAUGGUCCCGCGUAUUCUCGAUAUGAACAGACUGGAUCCCGAGUCUCAGCGCGCUCCGAAAGACGAUCAUAAUUUGUCGCGGUGGGCUCUAGUGAUUCUGAUCUGCGCGAUUCUGUUUUUCGUGCUACCGCUGGUGUUUGUAGCCAAUGUCGUGGGCACAUGCUACAGCUACUUGGCCACAGUGCAUUACCAGAAACUUCUGCACAAGGGCGAAGGCCGUAAUUUGCUGCGUCGCAAACUUGGUCUCGAAGACAAAUUGGUGGAUGCAAUUCGCGAUACGGUUGGAGUGCUGGCUAACGAGGAAAGCGACGAUCUCAACGAUGACGCUGGACAAUCAAUUAUCAGGAAAGAUAUCUCUUGGGAUGAGUUCGUUUCAAAGUAUUCCCACGGGUGGGAUCAAAAAUCCAAGAGUAGGUUCAAGGCGCUAGAUUUUGAUCCCAAGAGGAGAAAAAUUUUGCAAAAUUUGAACCAGCUCAGUUGGAUCCGAAUUCCUAUUUAUAUCAAGUCCCUCAAUGCUCACGAUGGGAUUGUUGCUCGUAAAGGUGUCAGGCGUGCGACUCCUUACAGUGUAUCAGGAUUGCAGUUUGUCGCUCAGCUCGCUAAAUUCCUCAUUUCGAAAGAUGAGGCCUAA